AUGGAAUACCAAUUUGGAUUGCCUACAAUGGCACACGGAAUGCAGUCCUCGCAUUUGCAAACGGCUGUCAUGCCCGCGUACCCAGGAUUUGGUCCCGGCGCUUAUCGACCCGAAUACCAGGAUCAAAGACUGACACGUGAAGCCAUGGAGCGCUACUUGCGCGAUCAAACUGACAUGGUGAUUGUCGUUCUGCACGCCAAAGUCGCCCAGAAAUCUUACGGCAACGAAAAGAGAUUUUUUUGUCCUCCUCCCUGUAUUUAUCUCUUCGGUGACGGGUGGAAAAUGCGACAAGAACAGAUGCGCCGAGAGGGGGAAUCUGAACAGUCUUCGCAGCUCUGCGCAUUCAUUGGGAUCGGCAAUUCUGGUCAAGACAUGCAGCAGCUUGAUCUCAGUAAUGGAAAGCAGUACUGUGCUGCGAAAACAUUGCACAUCUCAGACUCUGAUAAGAGAAAAAACUUCAUGCUCUCCGUGAAGAUGUUCUAUGGUAAUGGGCACGAUAUCGGAGUUUUCCAGAGCAAACGGAUAAAGCUCAACGGUGGCGGCGAUGUGGCAAUGCUGGAAUUGACUGGAGACAAUUUCACGCCGAAUCUUCGAGUCUGGUUUGGCGACGUGGAAGCGGAGACAAUGUAUAGGUGUGAGGAGAACAUGGUGUGCAUUGUUCCAGACAUUUCCCUCUUCAGAGGCGAGUGGCUGUGGGUUCGUCAGCCAAGGCAGGUUCCGGUUUCUCUGGUACGCAACGAUGGCAUCAUUUAUGGGACCGGGUUGACAUUCACCUAUACACCUGAGCCAGCUCCACGUCCACAUUGUCCUCUGGCAGAUGAAAUUUUGAGGGCACCCCAGACCAUUCAUAAUCAAGCCAGUCUGCCACCAGCUAUAGCUGACUUACCUUGGAGUACGCACUAA